CAAGUGGGGUGGGGGAGUCUUCGUAAGCGGUGGCAUUAGAUAAGGGGGGAAUUCGUUUGAGAUUCAAAGCUAAGUGGUUGGUUCUUCCGGCUCUCCCACUUUUUUUUAAUGGCCUGGCAACCGAUGAGUGACUGUUCUUUUGGUCAUCGUCCAACCCAAACGGGGGGCCAAAAAUCACUUGCUGAAGAUACCAUUGGCCCAAGUACUCCGAAUCGUUCUUUAUGCUUGGAGAGGCACCAACCCAAUCGUUAUUGACCUAAUGACCCUACUGAGGUUUUCCUACAUAUGCAAGAGGGGCUAUGCGACAGCCAAAACUCCAUUCGAUGCUCUGAAUCUUCCUCCAAAUUCCACUCCGUCGGCCGUAAAAAAGCGGUAUUACGAAUUAGCAAAGUCAUUGCAUCCCGAUACAUCCACAGGAGAUAUUGAAAAGUUCCAAGAGAUAUCGCAAGCUUACGAAAUAUUGUCCAAUCCUUCAAUGCGUGCACUUUAUCUCCGUACAGGCGUUGGCUGGAAUACUCCAGCACCCACUUCACCGCCCCCGGGUAGUCGACCGCCUUCCUAUACCAACGCCCACUGGUAUCAAGACCCAUCGUACACUGGAGGUCCGUGGUCUAGUCAUGACAACACGAGAUUCACAUCUAAUUCUACCUUCAUAUCUGCCGUGGGUGGAAUUGUUGUGAUCAUGGGAAUUAUCAAUAUCAUUAGCUUCAGUACCCAGCAUUCUGUUAUGCUCAAUGCCGCAGAUAGACACCACGCCCGGUCGAGUCAAGACUUGGAACGGGCGAGGACAGAAGCACAGCUGUUUGGUCAGCAGAGGGCAAUGGAGAAGAUGAUAGAUAAUCGCAUGAAAUACUGGCGAACUCAAAGUACGCCAGAGCCGAAGGAGCCGGUGGUGAAUAGCACUCCACCUUGAGCUCACUUUGGGGGUUCUGCUUUGUAAUCUAUUGUCUUUUCAUCUGCGUUGCCUGUAC